UCUCUUCGGGGAGACCCCGUCCAUUGCCCUCUUCAGCCUCGGGGGCCAGAGCGCGGCUAGAGGAGCAGCGAGAUAGCCAUGUCUGAGCCCGAGGUCGCAGCCGACGACCUGGACGCCUUCAUCGACGACCUGGACUACCUCCCGGGCCACUUCCACCUGGAGAUGCAGCUGAACUUCGAGCCGCGUUCGCCGGCCCCGCUGCGCGCCCGGGAUCUGAAACUGCAGCGGGAGGCCGUGCAGCAGGAGCUCGAGCUGGCGGCCGUCCCGCAGCGGUCGGCCGUGUGUCACCUGCUGGGUGCGUUCGCCUUCUAUCUGGAGGAGCUGGACGAAGCCCGGGAGCGCUUUCUCCAGGUGGUCCGCGAGGACCCGGGCAACCUCAAUGCCUGGGCCAAUCUGGCACAUGUGUACGAGCACCUGGGCCAGGAGGAAGAGGAGGAGGCUUGUGCCGCGCGACUGGCUGGUCUCAUGGGCCUGGCGGCGGACCCGGAGGCACCCGCGGACCCCCAGCUCCGCGCUGCACGCUGCCUGGCGGAGCAGGGCUACGCGCACGGCUUCGACGUGGGCUGCGCCAGCCUGAAAGAACGCGCACGGGUACUGGCAGCUGGCAUCGCGCUCUAUGACAAGGCUCUGGGCUACGGGCAGCAGAUCCCGAUGGAGGAGAAAAGGGGCUGGUACUUCACCAUGGCAACCCUCCUCAUCAGGCUGGAUGGCAUCUUCCUGGAGCAGGGCAGCGAGGAGCAGAAGAGGCUGCCUGCCUUCAACCGCACCCUGGCCCUGCUGCGGCAGGUCCUCAAGUCCUCGGACCCCCGACACCGAGCGCUGGCCUGGUGCUAUCUUGGGAUGCUGCUGGAGAGGAAGGACACCUUCUCCACCACCCCUAUGGGCAUCCACGACUGUGGGUACUCCGGGACUGACCCCUUGGACUGCUUCGGCAAGGCCAUCGAGAUUGCCAAGGACCAACCUCCUAUCCUGAAUCACCUGGCCAAAAUCUUCCACUUCCUAGGAAAGCAGGAUAUGGCCAUUGGAACCUGUAACAUGGCCCUGGAUGUCCUACGAGAUCCAGAGCUCAACUGGCAAGCAUACUGCACAAGGGCCAAGAUCCACAUCAGAGCCUACCUGCAUGACCUGACACGGGCCAAGAUGGGGCUUGGGGGCAUGCCGGACAGGAAACACCUGGCCUGCGCCAAAGCUGACCUUGAAGAAGUAGUCAAGGUGUGCCCAGGCCUCAGGACAUACCUGGACAUUGGCCAGGUCUACUACUACAUGGGCGUGGACGCCAUGCGGGAGCUGCUGGCGGUGGACGAGGCAGCGCUCAACCAGGCGCUGGUCUUCCUGGCCAAGGCCGGCGAAUUCGAGCUGGGCGCCACGCUGCCCGAGCUGCAGCUGCUACGAGGCAAGUGCCUGCGCAUCAAGGGCGAGGAGGCCAACGCGGCGGCCUGCUUCAAGCGCGCSGUGGAGCUGGACGACAUGGGCUCCAGCCACACCGAGGGCUUCGGAUGCCUGCUUGAGGCGCUGCUGGUGCAGUGGAGCCAGGCGCAGCUGAGCGACGGGGAGCUGGGACUUGAGGUGGACGCCUGGCUGCGCCGCGCCCRGGGCAAGUACCCGGAGGCCUGUCUGCGCCAGGAGCUGCAACGCGUGUGGCGCAGCCACACGGAUGAGAUGCUGGGAGUGGCCGGGGCCUUGGUGGCCCAGGGACGGCCAGCGCUAGUGCGAAUGCUUUUCGAAACCAUGGAAGUAGAGGGUGAGAGUGGAGAGGCGCGCAGGCGCCGUGCGUUCUCCUUUGGAGUUGCAGGAGUCCAGGCCCCGCCCCCCAGAGGCCCCGCCCCAGGUUCUGAGGCUGUUCUAAGCACUGAAGUUGUGCCCCCCAGCCACCCGCAGGCUGCUUGCGGUAGCCAAUCAGAUUCCUUUUCCGAAACUGAGAGGUGA